AUGUUGCUACGCAUUCGCGGCCCAGACGGCAUGCUGCUCCCCCAUCUUCCCUCCACGGUCGAGCCAAAGACGAUCAGCAUGUCCAACUCACCGAAAGGUACCGACGCGAAGCGCCUUGGCGACAUUGUCAACUUCAAGAUUGGUCAGAUUGGCCUUUCGCACGGCGAUUGCAUCUUCAUUACAUACCAACACAAGAGCGACAACGCAAACAGUUCCAACGGUAGCGCGCCGAUCAACUCGGGCAAGCUCAACGGCAAGCCCGUGCUCCCUGGCGAAGACUUCCCCGUUGAUACCAAGGUCGAGAGAAUAGCAAGGCCCUGGGAAGUUGUCAAGCAAUCUCCCCUCGAUGACCGCCUCGACCGACUGGAUGGCAAGAUCCCGCGUGGCCGCGACAAGAUGUGCCGCCAUGGCCCCAAGGGCAUGUGCGACUACUGCCAGCCUCUUGACCCCUUUGACGCAAAAUACCUUGCAGAGAAGAAGAUUAAAUACCCCUCCUUCCACUCCCAUCUGCGCAAAAUCAACUCAGCCACCAACAAGCCUGAGCUGGGAAGCUCCUACAUCCCGCCGCUAGCCGAGCCCUUCUACAGAGUUAGGCGUGACUGUCCCUCUGGCCAUCCUCAGUGGCCCGAGGGCGUCUGCACAAAAUGCCAGCCCAGCGCCAUCACGUUGAACCCACAGCCAUUCCGCAUGGUCGAUCACGUCGAGUUUUCGAGCCCGUCCAUCAUUGAUGGUUUCAUCGACGCCUGGCGCAAGACGGGCUCACAGCGACUGGGAUACCUCUAUGGGCGAUAUGCAGAGUACACGGAGGUGCCUUUGGGAACCAAGGCUGUUGUGGAGGCCAUUUAUGAGCCGCCACAGGUGGAUGAGAUGGACGGUGUGACGCUUAAUGCCUGGGAGAACCAGAAAGAAAUUGACCAUGUCGCCAAAUUGUGUGGUUUGGAGCCUGUUGGCGUCAUCUGGUCCGACUUACUCGACGCUGGUCAGGGCAAUGGCUCAGUGGUCUGCAAACGACAUGCCGAUUCGUAUUUUCUCAGCUCUCUGGAGACGUGUUUCGCCGCACGCCUGCAAGCGCAAUAUCCCAAGGCGACGAAAUGGAGCGACACUGGUCGAUUUAGCUCCAGCUUCGUGACCUGCAUCAUAUCGGGUAACGAAGACGGCGAAAUUUCCAUUUCCGCCUACCAGGCCUCUAACGAUGCUGUCGAGAUGGUACGGGCCGACAUCAUUGAGCCAUCCGCGGACCCUACGCAGAUGCUGGUGCGUAGCGAAGAGGAGGACGACGGCUCGACAAGUCGCACGCGAUACAUUCCCGAAGUAUUCUUCCGCAGAGUCAACGAGUACGGUGCCAACGUGCAAGAAAACGCCAAGCCGGCAUUCCCCAUCGAAUACCUUUUUGUGACUCUGACGCACGGUUUCCCUGCCGACCCCAAACCAACCUUUACACAACCAGGCUUCCCGAUUGAAAACCGCGAGUACAUUGGCGAGAGUCAGGAGCACUCUUCCCUGGCAAAGGCGCUGGGCCUGAAACCGGGUCAGAAGCCGAGCGACAAUUGCCGGGAAGUCUCCAACUUUCAUCUACUGUGCUUCCUCCACCAGAUGGGCACUAUGUCCAAGGACGAGGAAGUCCUUCUCUGCAGAGUGGCCAGCCAGCACGACCUCGCCGAUUCGUUCCAGCUGCGCUCUACGGAAGGAUGGCAGACCCUGCGGGCCAUUCUUCAAUCGACUGGUGAGCGAAUCCCCAAGCGCCGACGCGACGAGGGUCUCGAGGGCCUCGCGGCAGCCACCGACGCCCUGUCGCCUUGGUCUCCAUCUCCGUCCACAUCCCCACCAUCCUCCUCCUCCAUUGCCUCCCCCCUUCACCAGUCCAUGCCCUGCGACCUGGAUGAGCCCUUGACUAAACGGAUGGCUACCUUCAGGUUAAAUGAGCUCCAACCCGGGAGCGGCCGGCGGCGACCGCGGUGA